AUGCCAAGGUGAGUUCUUUAUCUACUUAUAGACUCACAUCUGGAAAUUUUGUCGACACCCUACACUAUUGGAGUUCUCUUUUAUUUCUUUUAUGUAUCUACCUAUUGACAAGCGAAUCAAGACAUCCCCAACAUAAGAAGACUCAGAUAUCCAUUUGGACUUUAUACUCAUCUAAGAACAACACAGGUUUAUCUAUUAUUUGGGACUUUUUUAUUAUAUUUAUUUAUUCCAUUUAUUUUACCUCCCUGUCCCUUUAGCGCGACCUAUAUACCCAUUUUUGGCAAUCUUCCACUGUGUCCACUGCUGGCCGCCGGCUCCAGCACCGGCGUAAUCACCGUGGAACGCACGGUGGAACGCAAGGCCUGUGAUGGCCGCGCUCUCCUGCAUGGCAUGCGCGCUGAUGUCACAUCCGGUGUGGCCAGAAGAGAAGAGCAGGGGCUGCGCGAUCUUCCGGCCUCACCUCCGCCAUUGCCGCAGCCGCCAUCCCGGACACCCUCAGCAGCCCGACUCCGACGCCUCCCGGGGACCGAUGGCUGCUCCAAGUGCGCGACCGAGCCGCCACAUCGUCUCCGCUCACACUGCCGGACCGGGCUCAGGGAAAGGCGCGACGGAGGCCUCGAUCUCCUGGCCCUCCGUCCACCACAGGCUGACCGGACGCCUCUCCUUCCUCCUGGGCCACGCUCCUCACCCCCGACAUUAAUUCAUCCAAGGCCCCUCGACCGUGGGCCUCGAGGUAAGCUUGCAGAAGACUCUGCAAGUCAGCAGCUGGUGCAGCCAUAA